CUAUAAGAUUGGCUAGAAGUUUCCUAUUUCUGCCAUAGGAUUGCCUGGUAGUUUCCGUCUCACGGCUUUAAGAUUGGUCAGUAGUUUAAUUCUCGUAAGCAGCGCUUUGAUUGGCUACUUCACGCUCACGAACUACCAGCGAAUCCUGGCGCCGGAGGCGGGGCUUGUCGGAAUACAGGUGGGAAAAAAACGCUACUCCACAGCGGCUGUCUGUCCCAGUGGAAGAGCCCAACCUCCCUGCAAGUCAGAAAACUUUGCCCUGCAGGGGAAAGAAAAAAGAGAUAGAGCCCGUGCACAGCCGAGACAUUCAGUGGAACUCGAGGAACUUUAAAGUCACCCCGGUUGUUGGCCCACAGCGGGGGGAAGCUGAGGGGCAGGCCGGAAAAAAGCGUGAAGGAUGUGGGUCUGGUACCUCCUGCUCGGUUCGGGGACGGGCUCCAGCUCGGUCGAGAGCCAGCUUCUUCCUGGGAAUAACUUCACUACUGAGUGUAACAUCCCGGGAAACUUCAUGUGUGGAGAUGGACUGUGUAUCCCUGGAAGCUGGCAGUGUGACGGUUUUCCCGACUGCUUUGAUAAGAGUGACGAGAAGGGUUGUCGAAUGGAGAACAGCAGAGGCAGAGGUUGCUGUAGAGAUGAACUCAGCACACACAAGCCUUUUUCUCAUGCGAAGGUGAAGUCCAAGUGUGCGCCCACGUUCUUCGCCUGCGCCAAUGGAGUCCACUGCAUCAUUGGCCGUUUCCGCUGCAAUGGCAUCCGGGAUUGCCCUGACGGCAGCGACGAAGACAACUGCACUGGUAAUCCUCUGGUGUGUUCCUCUGCACGGUUUCACUGUCGAAAUGGACGCUGUGUGGAUCGCAGUUUCCUCUGUAAUGGUGAGGACAACUGCCAAGACAACAGCGAUGAAGAAAAUUGCCUUUCAACAGCAGAGUCUCCAGGACAGGACUUUGUAACGCUGGACUACCGACUGCGCUACUACCCCAGCAUCACCUAUGCCGUGAUAGGCAGCGCAGUCAUCUUUGUCCUGGUGGUAGCGCUUUUGGCCUUGGUUCUGCACCACCAGCGGAAGCGCAGUGUUCUGUUGCCCCGCGGUGUCCGAGGGGGUCACCACCAUCAUCACCACCACCAGCCCCUGCUUCUGUCCAGGCUGGUUAUUGUGGACAGGGGUCACGUCCACACAGCCGGUGCUGGCCUCUCGCCUCCAUCUUCUUCUCCAUCGGGACAGUUCAGCUCAGCACACAGCCUGCAGCUGCUCUCCAGCGCCCUCUACCCCAGAGGAGCUCCACUAGACUCCCCUCCUUCAUACUCGCAGGCUGUGCUGGAUGUCAGUCGACCUCCAUGGUUUGACCUCCCGCCUCCCCCAUACCCUCCUGAUGGUGAAGUUCCAUGUGAGAGAGAGCCACCAGUUUAUGAAGCUUCCACGGAAGAGCCUGGGUCAUCCCAGACCCGGAUCAUCGCCCCCAGCCUCAGAGCCGAGGCAGGACAACCCCGUAGAAGCAAUUCCGGCUCAAGCUCAAUGGAGGAGCCUCAGCAGCUGUAGCCCACGAAUGAUGACAUGAACUUGUACAUAGGACUAAGAACCAUGCAGGGGACUGACCCUAUGGAGAGCUAUUCGAGACCAACACGUCUUGUAGUUUAGGAAUGAUGAGUACUGUGGACUCGCAAAUGGACUUGCUUCAGUUAUGGAACAUCAUAAAAGGAUGUUCCAAGCACUUGGACCAACAGUUUAAAAGCUGUUUCUUGCGUCAGUGCUGUUGGAAGUCGCCAUCUUCUGGUGAACAUGAAACAUGACAACUCAUGAGUUUACAUGAGGGAUGAGAAACUGUGAGGAUGCACCGGGUGCAGAGCUCAUGACUAAUCCAGAGUGAAGAGAAGGCUUCUUCAGGCCUCUGACACAUACCCUUUAAGAGGGUACUUUAUAAGACUGCUUUAGACGCUGCAUCAGAAUGACGCAGAUAGCAAACAACGGUGAAUUCAACUCAGAAUAGCUGUCUGGGUCAUGGACAGUAUUCUGUUCCUAUUAGUUUAUUUUGUUUUUUUGACCCCACACUUUUGAACACUCCUAAAAUCACUAUGCAAUGUUAAUUGUAUAUGAUUGAUGUUAAACAUAUAUUAAGAAAAGAAGGGCCUUGGGAGAAGCAUGAUUUAGUGUGCUUAUACAUGCAUAAAGCAUCCAAGUGAGGUGACCUACCCUGUUCCCAUCAUUGAAGCACUUGGUAAAUGACCCUGUUAAUGUUUCAUUCAGCAUUUUUUUAGCAAACUCUAUAGAGAGUGAACUCAGUCUGAACCACUGCUUUGUUUCUGAAAAAUGGAAAGAUCUUAUACUAUGUUAUUAUAGUACUACAGAAUUUACUUUUUUCAAAAUUUGUCUGAAAUGAAAGCUGUUUUCUGAAAAUUUUUCUCAGCAAAUAUCAUCAAAUUUGAUCUGUUGUACUCAACCUCAUUCAUAUCACCACUCUCAGUAACCGACUGCAUGCUGUAGGAUUAGAUAUUUGGAGCAUGUUCUAUUUCAGUAGUCAGUAGUUAAAGCCAUUGUGCCUUACACUCAAACGCCUUUGGAUUUGUAGAAAGAAAUUUUAGUCAUUAACUAAACAUAAUUCUAACACACGUAACUCAUCAUCCUUGCCUUGUAAAGUCACUGGUCACUGUCUUUUUUGUAUUUGACAAUCAAUGUAGCUGGUUCAGUAUUUGUGUGAGUUUCUAAUACAAAUUUGCAUUGUGUAAUGAGUUUAUACAAAUUUUCUACCAAAUUUGCCUUCUAUCAGCGAAAUGACUGUCUCUCUAAAGUAGCUGUAAGAAACUUACAUAUGGUUUGAUAUCUGUCUGUAAGAUGUCAUAGAACAAUAGUCCACUUUUACAGCGGUCAGGCUUAAAAGCAUUUUACUACUUUGAGCAAGGUUUGGAGGUAAAGAUGUGACUCCUCUGUUAAACUGAACUACCAUUUGUAAAUGUGACUCGUCAAAGAUUAUUUUUUGUACCAUUGUUUAUUUUAAACAGCAGACUUAUGUGAAGGAUCAAGACUUGUUUAAUGCUAUUGUCUUUUUUCGUUGGACUUGAAGGUUUCUCAAAACAAUAUGCUGAUGUGGGAGGUAGAUGAAGUGGUGUGUAUUUAGAAAAUCUUGAACAUAAAUAGUGUGAAUAAUAUCUUAAACUGGAAGACCUGUAAAUGAAAAGUAUUACUUUAUUACUUAUGUCUUUCUGUUGACACCUGGCCAUUAAAAAUGUGCUCCAAUGAGAAAUUUCCUGUUACAUUAGAAAUGUAGAAAUGAAAUUUUACCAAAGCAGAAAUCAUAUUGUUAUAAGUUUCAAAAUAAAAACUACAAGUUAUCACUGUA